CCUCCCUCUCUCUCUCUCUCUCUCUUUUCCUCGUCUGGUGGAUCUCUCCCCUCGACUCCGGCCCCCUCCGUGCAUCCCACUCCUCUUCUGCUGGUUCUUGUCAAAUACCUUAAACGAUAAGAGGCGUAAGGACUAUCCCCAGUGUCUCUUUAACCAUACUCUCGGUUCUCUGCCGUUUUCGAAUGGGUCCAGUUUUCUUUCCGCCUACUGUUUUGUGAGUAACAACGGCAACGGAUUAAAUCUUGCAUACGAAAUCCUCCGCGCAUUUCCACCUUAGUCCCUCUCGCUCGUUGGUUGCCUCCUGCUACAAUAUCCAACCACAUCCACCUCCGGAGAAUAAGCAAAAAGAAAAAGUUGUCCUACAUAACCGUUGGAUUUAGUUAUCGCUAUUAUCAUCGGCCAGCCUAUCAGUUAAAGCUGUGGAGGGGCAUGUGUCCCGCAACAUAAUUUUGCGGAGUAUGACGUCUGAAGCGACCGGUUUCGCCCAUGCGAACAACAUGAAUUCCGACACUUUGACCACUCAGCAACCCGUCCCAGCGCCAGCUGGGCAGGGUGCGAGUUCUGCUGAUCAGGAGAACAAGUCUAAAACACAACCGAGCCAAGUCCGCUUCUCUUCGACAACGGAGGAAAUUGAGCCGUCGGCCGCCACUGGUAGCCCCGAAUCAAGGCCUGUCGAGACCCCCAAGCAAGUAGAUGACUUACAGUCGUUAGCGGCUAGCCUACAAAGAUCCCAACUACAAGAGUCUCGGCUGGGGAGUUUCUCAUAUGACCCCGUCUCUCUACCUUCUUCAAGGGUUGCGUCCCGAGAAUCAAGCGAUCGCAGUACACGAGGAGCUAAUGGAUCUGGUUUGCCGUCUCCCCGUGCCUCCCCACCGGUGUCCGUGAUGCAAUCGCCACCACUUACACCCGCGGCCACCCAUUCGCGUGAAUCCAAAACUAAUGGCACUUCCUCGAUGUUGAAUGCUACAGAUCGAGGAACCGGCGCAAAUUCAGCUGCGAUGACCCCAGAGACGUCUCCACCCACAGGCGGGUCCACGAAGAGCCAAGCGCCCCAAAGCGCCCCAACUUCGCGGCCUGGUUCGACCGACCACCUGGCGAAGCAAGGCAAUGUCUCGCAAACAUCGUCUCACCCUCAGAAUGGAGCAAAACAUCGGGCGCAGUUCUUCAUUGGACCGGAUGUCAGCUCUCAAGAAGAAAGCCCGCCAACCACCCCUAGGGUCGACUACACUCCUCCUGGCGCCAUCACGCCGGUAGGAGAACCAGAUGAUCCGUACGCUCGCAGCAAGCGUCCCCCUCAGCCUAAAAACCUUUCUCAGCUCGAUCAGCGGUUUAUUUUUGGCGGCCGUGACUUUAAACGGCGUGCACAGACGUCGUUCGGCCGUCCAUCGACCCCCCGGUCCGCAAGUGCGAGUGAUCUGAAGGCAAGCGAAAGGCAACGUAGUGGGUUUUUCGGCAGCAAGAAGGACUCCAGGCAGCAGGAACCCGAGGGUAAGCAUCAUGGUCAUAUGGCGGAGCUCAAGCGAUUCUUCAAGAUGGGUCAUCACAAACACAAACGCGCCGAGUCGCCAUCAUCGGCAGUGAAACGGUCGAGCAGGUCCUCUGGGAAGAGCACGCCGUACCAAAUGGCACCCGACAGCGUCCCGUUUGCCGAUGAUCAUGGGCUCAAUUCCAAGUAUGGGAAGUUAGGGAAGGUUCUAGGAUCCGGAGCCGGUGGCUCUGUUCGGUUGCUGAAACGUAACAGCGACGGUGUGACUUUUGCCGUGAAGCAGUUUCGGGACCGUCACUCGUGGGAGACGUUGAAGGAAUACUCGAAGAAAGUCACAGCAGAGUUCUGCAUUGGGUCAACUUUACACCAUGGCAACAUCAUCGAAACCCUUGAUAUCAUCCAAGAAGGAAACCAUUGGUAUGAGGUCAUGGAAUACGCCCCAUUUGACCUUUUUGCGAUUGUUAUGACUGGCAAGAUGCAAAAAGAAGAAGUUGCAUGCUCCUUUAAGCAGAUCCUCAGUGGAGUGGCAUAUCUACACGGGAUGGGCUUGGCCCACCGGGAUUUGAAAUUGGAUAACGUGGUUGUCAACGAGCAUGGCAUUAUGAAGCUAAUUGACUUCGGGAGUGCUGUUGUUUUCCGGUACCCUUUUGAGAAUGAUAUUGUUCCUGCUUCAGGAAUCGUGGGUUCCGAUCCGUAUCUUGCCCCGGAAGUAUAUGAUGAGAAGAAAUAUGACCCGCGCCCUACGGAUAUCUGGUCUUUGGCUAUUAUCUUCUGCUGCAUGAGUUUGCGGCGAUUCCCUUGGAAACAACCCCGAGUUAGCGAUAACUCCUAUAGACUCUUUGUGUCCUCCCCUACCCCAGGGACUCCGGUGCCAGAUGCUGAUCCGAAACGCCAUCGACCCAUCAAGUCUGCGCCUGACCUCUCUUCAUCUGCGCGGGAAAGCCAAUCCUCGGAAUCGAAGAAUGGAGGGCCACCACCAGAACACUCUAAAGGCCAGGAUGCGCCAAAAGCCCAACCGAAACCGGAAUCAACCACCCAAGACGAAAAUCAACCCCCAGAGAGCCCUCAGGAGAAGACACCUAGCGACAAUCAGAAAAAUGGUAGUAUUGACAACAAGCCUAAACGCACAACCAGCAAAGAGGCACCCCCACUUCCUCCCGGUGCGGCGCCGCCGUCAGGACAGCGUCAGGAAGUUAUCAAGGGCCCAUGGAGGCUUUUGCGGCUCCUGCCUCGUGAAAGCCGUUAUAUCAUCGGCCGUAUGCUCAAGGUGAGCGUGAAAGAUCGAGCGAUCCUCGAUGAUGUCUUGACCGAUGAAUGGAUUCGAAACAUCGAUGCCUGUCGACAAGAGGUCUCUGGGGAGGUUUACAGGGCUCCGGGCCAUACACACAUUCUGGAGCCACCUUCUCCAAGCCCUGCAGUGGCCAGUAAGGCCAAAUAGGCCUAUUACUUUUAAUACCAACUAAUACUCUUCAUGGUCCAUUUUCCAAUCCGAGACCUAUGUUUCCAUAUUGUUUUAUCGCUCCCGGUUGUUCUCGAGUCGUAUUACACUUUUAUGAACUCCUACAGUCAAGUUUUUGCUCAGGGCAUAUUGCCCAUGGUGGUCUUCUGUCGCUCUUUAUCCGUUUUGUGCGGUUCGAUAUAGGUCAUGAGGUCAAUAUUCUCUAUGCUACCUCAGUUGUUUUGAUUAUCCCCUUUCACUUUCCCUAGGCUGGGAAGAGGGAGCAAAUGCUUCCGCUCCAUCUUCUUCCCCCCCCCCCCCGGCGGUGUUGUUAUACAGGCGUUUCUGGUCGGUCGUGUGAAACGGAGCUACUCGGGCGAUUAACCUUCCCAGCAAUCAAUGGCUGGCUGUUAGAUCUCUAUUGCCCCUUUCUACUUGUUUUCAUUUCUUCUUUGGCUUCGAUAUUUCCUAUGCAGUAUUAUAUCGUGCAUCUGGCUCGGUUCAGGAGUCAUCUCAUCCUUCAGUCUGCUCAUUCAUUUCCCAUGCCCCUAAUUGUAUUCAUCAAGCAAAAACUAGCCAGGUAGAUACUAUAAAUAAACGAACUAAAGAAGCAUUAGCAAAAAAAAA